AUGUUUUCCUUUAGAAAGAGACUGUCUGAAAGAAUAGAUCAGAACAAAUGGACUAAACGGUUCCUUUUGCUCGUCGGAAUACAACUUCUCUUCACUAUACCAAACCUUAUUGCUACUGCAGUCAUGUACAAUCCAUAUAAUUAUGAAUAUUUGAAUACACCUGAAGGUGGUGAUGAUAAGUGGUACGACACAAUAGCGAAACGAGCUCGAAUUCAAUACGAAAGCAUCUGGUUUAUAAUUUUUGAAAUCUGGAGAUUCUGGCUUGCUGUUGAUGGGGUUCUUCAUGGUAAUUCUAUGACAAUAUCAGUUACUUUUUUCUCUACGGCAUUUGCAAUAGUAUUGGGCGCCAUGCAAAUUGUUGAAUGUACGAAAGUAAUUGAGUACACUCGUUUGAGUGUAGUCCCUCAGAUUAUCAUGACAUCAUUACUAUGUGCUGUUGCCGUACCUACACUUUAUGCGACCUACAAGAUGUACCGUCACAGUGAUUGGAUCAAGUUUCACAAAUUAGGACCUGAUGUCAGUUUACACGUUAUGUAUCACUGGGUACAAUGCUUUGUACUUGUUAUUAAAGGAGACAUGUUCUUCCAAGCAAUGGCUCUAUGUCUAUAUUUCGCCGUACUAGCAUUCAGUUAUGAGCGGUGGUAUCCAUUUAUCAUCGUUCUUGCUCCAAUUGUUACUAUAGCAUUUCUUUAUCUCGGAAGAAGAGGAACCACAAUAUUCUUGACUAUCAAAUGUCAAACACAGUUUGGAAAGGGCCUUCGCGAUUAUGUACAAAUGAGAGGCACCAAGAAUAAAUCAUUCAACAGUAAACAAGAUACCGAAACUAGACUUGAUACCGAAUACAUUCUCAGUGGGUGGAACGAUGUCGAAAAUAAUCAAGAACACAAUAAUACAGUGAUAUCCAAUAAUGUAAACAAUAACAAUAUCUUUGAAAGCUUACGGACUGGAAACACGAGAUAA